AUGAACAAAUAUAGUCAUAUUGAAGAAACAAAUGUAGUCAUGAGAGCUAACCUAUUGAGCAUUGAGAAACUGAUGAUUAAGCUUGCGAAGAAAGGAGAAAAGUUUAUACACCUUCCCUAUGUUGUCAAAGGAAUGGAUGUUUCGUUUAGUGGAAUACUGAGUUAUCUUGAAGCUACUGCUGAGGAAAAGCUAAAAAAUAAUGAAUGCACCCCUGCAGAUUUGUGCUAUUCCCUUCAGGAAAUUGUGUUUCCAAUGCUUGUGGAGAUUACAGAACGGGCAAUGGCACACUUUGACAAGAAAGAUGUUCUCAUUGUUGGUGGUGUGGGCUGCAAUGAGCGCUUGCAAGAGAUGAUGAGAAUCAUGUGCUCUGAGAGGGGUGGAAGGUUGUUUGCAACUGAUGACAGGUACUGUAUUGACAAUGGGGCAAUGAUUGCAUAUACUGGUCUCCUAGCUUAUGCUAAUGGGAUGUCAACUCCGCUGGAGGAAUCGACAUUCACACAGCGGUUUAGAACUGAUGAAGUACUGGCAAUCUGGAGAGAAAAAAUGGAAUCGUCAAAUGGUCUCAUGGGAAAAAGUGUCUAA